AUUUCAUCAUUGGCUCAAAUCAUCAUGUUUGUUGCUGAUGUUGAUGAUUGUUGUCAUUGAAUUAUCGAAUGCUGGUGAUCCAAUCACCUAUAAUGUUAUUGGUCCUGAAGAUGCUGAAAUGGAACUUGGUACCGAAGGUGUUUAUUCGGUAACCGUUUCACAACAAAUGCAUGAUACACAAUGUUCUAUAUAUCUAAUUGCACCAAUUGAUAAACUAGUAAUGGUUACAUUUAUACAAAAAGCUGGCGCAUAUUCAUGUGAUAGUUCUAAUAGUAAAAUUGAAACAUUUGAUUCAUGGGUUUUUUAUGAUCAUUCAUUUCCGGCAAUCGAUGAUCCUGGUAAUAAAUUUUUGCAAAGGAAAAAAAAAUUUUGCGAACCAAAUACUGUGACUACGUUUUCAUAUAAUGCCGGUAUGAUAGUGUAUCGUUUAAAAUAUGGUGGUGGUUUCAUAUUUAAAUUGGAAUUUAUUCAUAAUCCGACACCAUGUUCAAUAUUUAUACCGGGAUCAGAGAAUAGUGAUGGCAAAAUACGUUUAGAUUAUAGUCAAAAUUCCAAAAAUUGCACUAUUUAUAUAUUACAAACACCAAUGACAAAAGGUCGUUUUCAAGGUUUAACAUUACAAAUAACAAGUAUUAAAAUGGGUCAUGAACAUGAACCAACUGUUUCAUUACCAUAUUCGUGUCAUAGAUUUUCCGGAAUAACAAAUCCAAAUUUUGUCGAAAUAGGUGGCUGGGGUGAUCCACCUGGAUUUCAUUCACAUGAAAUGACAGUUUCAGUUGAUUUUUGUAGCCGAUCUUAUUAUGAUAAACCAUUUCCAGUACUUUGUCCAAAUAUUGGCAUUCGAUUACAUAUAGAAGAUUAUAUACCAGAUCAACAUAUUGAAGUAAGAUAUCGACCAAUAUCAAAAAAUUUGAUUAGUUCAUUAUCAAAUGCACCUGUUAAAUUAACUUGUCCAAAAGUACCAUCGGAUAUAUUUCCACAAGUUCCUGUUGGAUUAGAUUCUAGUGCUUGUCGACAAUCAAUUACUGAACCAGGAUACUAUACAAUGUCCGUUGUCCAUCAUAAUGUUAGACAAUAUUGUGCUAUGUAUUUUAUUGCACCACCAAGUUUUCUUGUUGAAAUUGAAUUAAUGAAUUUACGAAUUGGAGAAGAUGAUUCUAUCACCGAAUGUAAUGGUCAUGAUUUUAUUAAUCUAAUCGAUGGAUGGUAUUAUAAUCUUGAAUAUAUACCACAUUAUAUUGAUCAUUUAAAAACGAUUGAUGAACGUACAUUUAAAGCAUGCCAAACAGAAACAAUCGCAUUUCUACGUAAAGGUGGAAGAAGAUUUUUUCGUACAUCACAAAAUAUUGGACAAAUUGAUUAUCGUUCAUCAAAAGUUGGAACAACAAUUACGUUUCGUAUACGAUUUCAUUUUGUUAAAGAACCAUGUAAUGUAUUCUAUGCAGUUGAUGAUAUUCCUAAUAAUGCCGUAUAUAUAACUCGGAAUUAUCGUCAAUCAAUCAUUUGUGCAACAUAUUUUGUUAAAGAAUUAUGGCGUCCAACACCAAUCGAUGGUUUAUUGAUUAAUGUUAUUAGCUAUAAUAUUGGUAAUAGUAGUGGUGGCAUAAAAAAAGAACAAGAUUUAAAAAAACAUAUGAAAAAACCAUGUAUUAGCCACAAAUAUUUAGCAAGUGAUUGGGUCGAAUUUGAUGGUGGUAUACAUUUUGGUCUUACAUCGAAAAUGAAACCAGAUGAUUUUCAAAUCUGUAACGAUGCACCAAUCAAACAGUUUCCAUUUGCAGCAUUGAUUCGUUGUCAAGAUGUUGCCAUACGUAUGGUUUCACAACAUCCACAAAGACCAAAUAAUUUUAUACAAUUUAGCGUGAUGAGAGUAUUGAAAAAUACAAUUGAUAAAAUGGCAAUUACUGACACUGUUAAAGAAUUUACCUGUUUAAAUAAACCAAAAUCUUGGGAAACAUUUCCAUUGUCUUUGGAUCCAGAUAAUUGUAAUGAACAAAUGAUUUGGAAUGAAGGUCUUUAUGGAUUGAAUGCAAUGAACAACAUAAUAGGAAAACAAUGUUCAAUUGUUGUUGUUGCCGAUCAUACACAAUUGGUUGAUAUUGAUAUCGAAGAAAGAGAUAUUAAAUGUGAUGGAGUAGAAUCAUUUAUAAAAAUUAUUGAUGGCUGGAUUCAUAAUUAUGAUGGUGAUGGGGAACAUAUCUGGCCAAAUAAUGAGGAUCAUCCGAAAAAAUCACUUUUAAAACGAACGGAAAAUAUUUGUGGAAGAAAACGAAUAGUGAUACGUUCAUCACAGAAUAUAGCACAAAUUGUUUAUAAAAUUUCUGAAACUAGUCGUGGAUUUAGGAUCAAAAUUGCAUUCGUUAGUAAUACAGAUUCUCCCUGUAAUAUGGUUAUUCGUGCACGUGAUCGAACGAUGAAUCAAAAAUCAUAUAAAAUGCAAACACCACAACAUCAUUCAGGACCAAGUGUUUGUACAUUUCUUGUGCUGGAUUCACCAUGGGAUCAACAAACAUUAUCCGGUUUAUUGUUUCGUAUACAUAAAUUACAAAUUCAUGGUGAAUUUCCAGGAUGUAGUUCAGCAAAAAAUUCGUGUUCAAUAUCGGGAAGCAAUGAUUAUAUAAAAUUAUAUGGUGAUAAUACUAUAGAUUUUACCAAGAAAUUGGUGGAUAAUGGUUUUGAAUUCUGUUAUAAACCAGAUGAAUAUCCAGUACAAUAUCUAGUUCGUUUCUGUCGUAAUGCAGCUCUACGUUUGGUAUCAAGUGGUCAAUUUAAAAAUUAUAUUGAAUUCUCAUUAGCACCAUUACGUGAUACACAAUUAGUGCCGGCAAUGCCAUUCGGUCAAUAUAUACCAUACACAUUUUGUAAACGACCACAAUGGACAAAACCACAUAUAAAAACAAUAUUGGAUAUGCAAUAUCCUAAAAUGCGUGAAUUUUUUGAUUUUAUUGAUGAAGAACCAAAACCAUUUGAUCUGUUUCAUACAUUCAAAAAUACACGUCUUACAACACCAUGGAAUGGACAACGAUUUCCACCAAUUGAAGAAUUUCCUGAUUUGAGAAAAAAAUGAAUCUGAUAAAUUGAUUGGUGAUCGGCAAAUAAUAAUUUGAUCGAAUAUA